GAAGCGACUCGACAUUGACCUAAAAUCCAAAGAGAAUUCAAUUGUCAACGUCAGCUAACAGCCUGUCAAACGACUGUCACGAAUGUUGCCGGAAAGUACCAGAAACUAUCGUUAGACGGACCCGGUGGUGCUGUUUCGUAAGAUUAAUGUCUGCCAGCCCCCUCUACGUGGAAGAAGAGCUGGAACGCAAAUGGAACAGGUGUUUCUCGGACGCUCUCAUCAAAUUUGCCGGCGGAAUUCUAAUGGGGUCCGUGUUUUCGGUACUGUUUUUGAGGCGACGCAGGUGGCCAAUCCUCAUGGGCGCCGGGUUCGGCCUAGGUAUGUCCUAUUCGAACUGCGAGAAGGAUUUGAACGCGACGGUGCGUGCUUGUUAUUACGCCAGUGCGGCGGAAGAGUAGCCACCCCGCCUAGUUUAGUGCCGUAAAGUGUUUUGUGUGCGUAAUUAUUCAAUAAAAG